AUGCCUGAUUAUACGCAGUUCGUCAAGUACUUUAAUGAGUACCCAAACAUUCCACAAAAUGAGUGCCCUGCGUACAGUCGUCUCGCGGACACCACGUGGCGUUUACUGACCGCUUCUGAUAAAGAGGGUGUUGGGGCAAAAUCAGCUGCGUCGGCAACAGCAGCACCAACACCUGCAUGCCCCUCCAUCGUGAUUGGGCGGCUGCUCGUCUCGACAGAAGACCGCUGGCGUAUUCAAGCGCACAUGCGCCGUGAGGAGGCGAAGGCAGGAGCUGGUCGAAAAGAGUACAACAAGAAAGUGACCCGCGCUACAAAGACCACGAAGGGACCAGAUUCUGGAGAAGGAUUUCCUCCAGGGCGAGGUCGCCCUGUAUGA